CAAAGCAGUCAAAUAUUUGCCUCUCUUUCUCUCUCUCACUCUCUCUGUCUCUCAACCAAUACUGUAAUGCUGAGUAUAACUCAGUAAAAGGCAGAUUUUUUUCUCUUUGUCAGGACAAACUUAUAAAAAAGAAGAUGAUGAGGAGGAUGAGCUUGUUCCCACACCAGGCUGCUCCUUUGGGAAACCUGGAGCUGACCAGUGACGAGAUCCAAAAGGAGUUUGAAAAUGACACACGUGAGCUGGUGUCUGAGCUCGUCAAUCUCCCAACCAGAGCCAGGAUACAGGCCAUGCGAGCUCUGCCCCUGAGUUUCCACGAGCGGAGAUAUGUCAGGAGCAGAGUGAUGUCAGUCAAGCACUCCAAGAAGAACGACUUGCUCCCAACGUGUUGCACUGACUGCCAUCAGCAAACCUCACUGAUCAUCCACAGCCCCAACAUCACACACACAGUGAAUUUCAGAGGUCUAGAGCUGCUCACAGGAGCUGGCUACUUCAACCAGACGGUGUUCUUUUACGGCGGCUAUAACGGUGAAGUUAUUGUCAAUCAGCCUCCUUACAACAUGCAGCUGGCUUAUUUCUUCACCAUAGCAGCUUACAUGGUACUUUGUGGAGUGUCACUUAUUUACAGCAUGGCCAGAUCUUUCCAAAAGAACUUUGUGUUGGUAUCGGGCCCUGCCUACGGAGGCGCAUGGCGUCUUUUGUGUAGCUGGGACUUCAGCGUGGUUAAUGAGAAGGCCAUCCAGAACCACAAGAACAAUCUGAGCGUCCAGUUAAAGGAGACUUUAUCUGAGCGGUUUCAGAGAAAAGCCAGAGUGUCUGUAUCCACCGUUCUGAAACGGCUUGCGCUUUCUCUGGUGGCCUGGACGCUGUGUGUCCUCCUCGCCAUCGGCUCCUGUGCAGGCAUCUACUUCCUGCAGUCAGACCAGAGCCGACUGGUUUCCGGGUUGGCAGAUGAUUUAAAUGCAGAGGCGUCCACGCUGAUCCUGCCUGUUGUCGUGUCCCUCAUCAAUCUCAUCAUCCCGCUCACCUUCUCCCUCAUUAAUAAAAUGGAGCACUACACCAACCCCCGCACCAACAUCUACAUCGGUAUCAUGAGAAAUGUUCUGCUGAAGAUGUCCAUCCUGGGCAUACUGUGUUUCUACUGGCUCAGUGAGGUUCCCUAUACCAUUUCAUGUUGGGAAUCGUUUGUGGGUCAGAGCGUGUAUCGCCUCGUGCUAGUCGAUUUCAUCUUCUGCCUUCUUGGCUCAUUCUUUGGAGAGUUCCUUCGCAACAUAAUUGGAACAAAAUGCUUCCCGAGCCUUGGCGUUCCCGAGUUUGAUAUCGCCACAAAUGUGCUCAAUCUUAUCUACGCUCAGACGCUAGCAUGGAUUGGGAUCUACUUUUCCCCAUUGCUUCCCAUCAUCCAAGUCAUUAAGCUGUUUAUCAUUUUCUACCUGAAAAGGGUCAGUUUGAGUAUGAACUGCCAGCCGCCGAAGCACACCGGCAGAGCCGCUCAGAUGCAGACGGUUUACGUAGCGCUUCUGUUUUUCCCCUCAUUCAUCGGAGCCCUCUCCCUAGUGGCCUACACCGUAUGGAGCCUGAAGCCUUCUGAGCAGUGUGGACCUUUCCAGGGUCUGGACAAACCUUUCCAGACUGUCCACCAGUGGAUGGACACGGUGCACAACAUCCCAGGAUCUGAGUGGGCCUGGUGGAUUUUCGAGCAUGUGCUGAGGAACGAGUUGUUCUUCUACCUCAUCACUCUCAUUGUCCUAGUUCUGACUUACUUCCUGUGGCAAGUCACUCAAGGCAGGAAGCAACUCAUCCGGACUCUACGUGAGCAGAUUGUCAACGAGGGUAAAGACAAGACCUUCCUACUGAACAGAUUACAGAGCAUUCAGAAACAGAGGAGAGCCACCGCAGCCUUCAGUCCCCAGGAAUACACAGAGAGGACAUACUUUAAUCAAAACUGGAUGAACACCUUGCCAUUGGAAAUGUGAGAAUGUUUUAAACACUUUUGGCCUUGUGUUGGUGAGUAAUUACGAGAUUCUUCACGAACUCCUCGAUGAGCCGAGGCUCGGACCUGAUUUCCGCCAGAUACGGAAGUCCGUUAUUGGCCUUUUGUGUGUUCCAGCACCGGCCUGCUGCUUGACUUAACGGUUACUCUACAAACUUCAUCUCUUCUCUAGAGAAAAUAAGGACAGGAACUGUGGUUCAGGGUGGAGACUCCUUAUUGUCAUACAGAAUCCUGUCCAGUAGGUGGCAGCGUUCCGUUACACAGCUCAUACACUUAAAAUCAUUUCACAUUAUGUAAAGUUGUAAAAAAGUUUAGUUUCCAAAUAUUAAAAUGUUUAUGCGUGGUCGUAACCACCAAGAAAUAAAACAACAAAAUUA